AUGAUCUUCGCAGAGAAGCAUCACCUCAAAUAUCUCGACAGGGCGAUCACAGCUCACUUUUCAUUCCUGGCGACAUUCUUCUGGCUCAACGUCAUGUCCUUCGACAUCUGGUGGUCAAUCGGGGCGUUCCGAGGCCAGGUCUCGUCAAGUUCAAACCAGGGGAGGCGGAAGUUCCUCAGAUACAGCCUGUAUGCGUGGGGGGGACCACUGGUCUUGGGGACUGCUGCAGCAAUCGCCGACUUCUCCCCGACUAUCAUCAACCUUGCCUGGAAACCACGAUUUGGACUCAACCAUUGUUGGUUUGCUGGAGGGAGAUGGGCCAUCUUCGUGUACUUCUACGGGCCAGUGGCGGGAUUGCUGAUAGCCAAUAGUGUGUUCUUCGCCCUCACGGCGAAGAAUCUUCUCCAGCAUAGGAAAGAGACCUCUGAUCUCCAAAUAUCCAAUCCCAACAACGAGAGACGAUUUUCGAUCUACCUGAAGCUGUUCGUCGUGAUGGGAGUGACGUGGCUCGCCGAGGUCCUGUCUUGGAAGAUCGGACCCUCUUCGGCCUGGUACAUCUUCGACAUCAUCAACGCACUUCAAGGCUCUUUCAUCUUCUUCAUCUUCGCUUGCAAGAAGCGAGUCUUCCAUCAGCUUAAGGACCGCGUCCUAACUAUCUGCCGGGGAGGUGUCGAAGGCAGAAGAAUGCCUUCUGCUUCUUCUUCUUUUUCGGUCCGGACUGGCCGGACUGUCUCUAGUUACGUGAGGAAACAGAGCCUAGAAUUGGAAACCAUCGACGCAAAAAUCCAGUCGGAUCGCUCUGGCAUCCCCACAAUUGACCGACCAGAAGAGUGCGCUUCUGUAAUGAAAUGA